AGCUUAUGUACACUUAUACAGUAAUGCCCCAAUAUGUCUCAGCCGAAUGAAAACUCACAAGUGUUGCCUCAAUUCCGGGACACAAAACUCGGUAAAUUUCGCAUCGGGAAGUCCAGCAGCGGAGGCGGCUUCUACCUUCAAUAUGAUUGGAAGAUUAUCGUCCUAUAUCUGGCCGUGAAUCUCGCCUUCCUUACAAUGAGUCUGAUUUUACUGAUUGGGGUGAAAGUGUAUGUACCCGGAUGGGUUGUAUUGGGCAUCUGGGUUGUCCUCACAAUUUGCGGAAUCAUUUGUGUCGUCAUAGAAUACUAUAGGUCGAGGAAACACGCGUCGAAAUCGAGUAAACAAGAAAGGAUCGAGAUGGAACUGAAGGCAACACAGAAAGAGAGUCUCUCCAAUUUUCCGUGCGAUCCAGUGAUGAAUCGAGCGAUAACAAAUCUAGUGUUCCAUGGACAGGGUGACUGCGAUGAAUGCAGGUUAUUACGUCACAGAGAAGAUUACAAUACAACUCAGAGAAUGACGAGUUAUCCGAGCCCGACACCAAGCACAGGCAAAGUGUUUCCAAAGCUUUCAACUCCGAUCCUCGCAUCAGGAAGUAUCAAUACCAGCUAUCAAUCUUCCCCUGCACAUUCAGGUCAAGCGCAUCUACAUGGGUUCCAACGACCGAUGCCAGGUCCCAGCAAGAUUGAAGUUCGCGCUGUUGUUGAACGAAGUCGCUUCAGUGAGACGCAGACGAAUUUUUCAAGUGAUUAUUAUGACGAAAUAGACGAUGAUGAUGAUGUUUUUUAUAACGCAAACAAUAAUAAUAAUAACAGCAACAGAAAAACUAAAGUAAACACGAAAAUUUUAAUCGAAAACGAGAAAAUUCCUACUAAUUCGAGAAGCAAAUUUACUGGAAUCAAAACAAACACUGAAAAUUCUUUUUUAUCCAGUACUUUCGGUACAGAAACCGCCAUUGAUCGCGUUCCACUAGUCUACGAAUCUCUUUCGAACGAUUCAUUUGUGUCACGUGGUACGAAUAGCAGACGACAACAGCAUAGUGACGUAACUAUCGGAAGACGACAAUCCAAAAAACGUCGAAUAACUAGCCGUAGGAGCGGGGUUGUUAGAAAAUAUUCGAGCAAUUCAAUAAGAAGAAAAGAUAAUAGACAUAAAAAGAAAACUCCUCCUCGCCAGAAAGCGAAAGAUUCGACGAGUCCCUCAGCUCAAAACUACGGAUCAAUGGACAACCGAUCUGGCAUUAAUGACAGACGAACCAACCAAGGAACAAACGAUAUUAUGAUGUCACUACACUCGACGGCACAAUGACGUAAUUGUUCUGUCACUUUUGAUUUGCCAAUAAAAUUAAUA